UUACCAACAUGUAGAAGUGAUUGUACGUGUUGCAAUGAAGAGUCCAGCCACACUGAAUCACCACAAGGAUCACUACAUCUACGUGCGAGGGUUCAAAUUUUCAGCAACCAUUAAAGCUGCUUAACAGAAUGACUUCCUGUUCUGUUGUUCUCGAGGCUCCUGUGCAAAGGGUUGCUAUCUUUGGAGGAACUCAUGGCAAUGAGUUAUCAGGGGUAUUUCUAGUCAAGCAUUGGCAAAAGAAUGGAGCUGAGAUUCAGAGAUCAGGGCUCCAAGUGACACCAUUUAUUACCAACCCAAGAGCUGUGAAGAAAUGUACUAGAUAUAUUGACUGUGACCUGAACCGUGUUUUUGACCCUGAUAAUCUUGGCAGAAAAGUGAUGGAAGAUAUUCCAUAUGAAGUAAGAAAGGCUCAGGAAAUCAAUAAUUUAUUUGGUCCAAAAGGUAGUGAUGUUGCCUAUGACCUUAUUUUUGAUCUUCACAACACAACUUCUAACAUGGGUGGUACUCUUAUUCUUGAAAACUCCGGGAAUGACUUUAUAAUGCAAAUGUUUCAUUAUAUUAAGAACGCUUUGGCUCCAGAAAGCUGUCCUGUUUUCCUGAUUGAGCAUCCUAACUUGAAAUAUGCAACAACUCGAUCUAUAGCAAAGCAUCCUGUUGGUGUUGAAGUUGGACCUCAGCCUCAAGGAGUUCUUAGAGCUGAUAUUUUGGACAAAAUGCGGAAGAUUAUCAAACAUGGUCUUGAUUUUGUGCGCAUUUUUAAUGAAGGGGAAGAAUUUCCACCAUGUACAAUUGAAGUUUACAGAAUAAUAGAGAAAGUAGACUAUCCCAGGAAUAAAAACGAUGACAUUAUUGCUAUUAUUCACCCUUGCCUACAGGAUCAAGAUUGGCAGCCAUUGAACAAAGGGGAUCCAGUAUUUUUAACUUGUGAUGGAGAAACCAUUGCAUAUGAAGGGGAUUCUACAGUAUACCCAACGUUUGUGAACGAGGCUGCCUAUUAUGAAAAGAAACAAGCUUUUGUGAAAACGGUCAAAGUAAAGCUUACCGCAAAAGGCCUCAGGUCCUCUUCAUCUUAGAAGUAGACUAUUUUAAAAGAUUAUUGAAAUAUUUCAUAAAUACAGGGCCAAAUUAAUUGCCAUCUACUUCAUGUAAUCCAGCUGAAGUCAGUGGGGAUACAUGAAGUAUGACUAUAGAAUAUAACCCUUAUUUUUACAUUACAAUUCAGUUAAUAUUGCUAAGUACUUUUAAAAUCCAAAGCAGUCAGAAUUUAAAGUACUACUAGUAUUUAUCAAUGUUUAAUUGGUUCUUUAAGUUACAGAGCAUAAAAUUUAUUAAUUUAUAUAGUUCAUUAUUUCUUUAAUAUUGCAUAACUAUGUCUAAAUAAUUCACCAAAUUAUGUUUCCCCAAAUACAAUAAAGAAUUGUGUGAUUUGAGGUCUACAUUAUUAAAAAAUUGCACACAUUAUCAGGAGAAUGUUUCACUGAGUAUAAGUUAUGAAAUACAAUGGAAACCAGUCAUAAUUAUGCAUUGUCUAAUUAAUGCGAAGGACAAAUAUAUAAAAAACUGAUUUUUAUUGAUUUACGGCAAAUGUGUUUACAUUCAGUUUGUUUCACACACAGGAUUUUACUUCAUGGGCAAUAAUUGUGGACUAUGUAAGGACUUUGUAGAAAACGCCAUUAUUUCUGCAGUAAUGCCAACAUUAGUCUUUAAAGGGAUAAUUUUUGGUUUAUCUGCAUAUUACUAACAAGAAAUAUCAAUUCAGAUGCUUUGUGUAUGGCCUCAUGGGUCAUUUUUGUGUUGGGUCCAUUACAGAAGUACUUUCAAAGUUCUACUCCCAAGAGUAAAAAUAGUCAGGGAAAUAAAACCAAAACUAGGUAAUGGCAAAUGUCACCCCUUUAUAACGUACCCAUAACUGAAACCCACUGCAAGACUUCUGUUUCAAGAAUUGGAGAAAUCUAGAACAUGUUGAAAAACACAGCAGGUGUAUGGGGAGAAAGGGCAGGAAAAGAAAUUUUAAGUUAAGCAUUUUGGGUAAAACACAAAAACUAGGCGGAAUGGUACAAAUAUGAUGAUGAUUAUCCCAGUGCAGGAAAUACUCCUCUUGGGCUUGUUGUUCAUUUUUUAGCCAUUUAUUUGUGAGGUUAUUCAAGGUUUGAAAGCUUGCUCACAAACCAAGUAUUCCUAAAACUUGAGAACUCAGAACUGUGCUUAAAUUGAAAUACAGGUGGAUAUUUCAUAUGAGCCCUGAAAUAAAGGGCGGAUGAUAUCUUAUGAAGUGGGAUACAUUGCGUUUGGGGUAUACAAUUACGUUUUUUCCCUUCUGUGCACUGGCUGCAAUAUGGUAUAUACAGAAAAAUUCAGAACAUUUUCUUCUUUGAUUAUAACUCUACAUUUGUUAACACUGCUUUACGUGCUAAGGCCAUAUGCAGUGCUCCCAGAAAUCUUGUGUUCCUACCAGUGUCCUUAUUUAGGUAACCAAAAAAGAAUGAAUAAAUAAAAUUAAUGGACCAAAAAGUAUGAUAUUUCCCUUUUCCUUUGAGAAGUGAUCUAUUCCUUAUCCAUUGUUGCCAACCAAUAUCCUUUAUCUUUACCUUGUGUUCCAACUCUAACAUGAAGGCAAUAAUACAACACAAAAGAGCCAAAGAUGACAGAGAAAAUUAAAUAUUUAUUAAAUUAUCAUGUUUUGUCUUUAACUUUAAAUAAAUAUUAUAUAAAAAAGAACAGAAUCUGAUCUACUGUGCUUAUUAUUCAUCAUCAACCUGGUCAUGGUCAUCUUGUGACUCAAAGAUACUGGUGCUGAAUGGUCUGGCUAGGCAGUUCUAAGGAUCUAAUCCAGUUCUUAUUACUACACAAAACACAUAUCGGGAUUUUCAUCUUUUCUGAGUGCCUCUUUUUAUCUUUAAAAUAACUCAACAAACAAACUAUUUUAUCGAAGCCAUGAAGAUUCAAGCACAUUGUACAGAAAUAUUAGCAAAUUUUCAACAUGCUUAAAAUAAAAAUAUGGCAUUUAAUAUAUACACAUGUAAACAAUACCAUUCAUAGUUAUAAGUUUUGAUAACCAGUCAACUAGA